CUAGCUAGCACAUAAUUCACAAAAAACCGAGAAAUGGCUUCCGUGGUGCCAAUUCCUAGCAUACAAGACCUUAGGGUCAUAUUCCAUGAAAAAGUUCUUGUAUCCCCGUCCGAGAAAACCGAGAGAAAAUCCAUGUUUUUGUCCAACAUAGACCAAAUGCAUAAUUACAACGCGCACACAGCUCAUUUCUUCACUGCGAAUCCAGAUUUUCCUCCGAAAAUCGUGACCGAAAGGCUCAAAAUGGCUCUUGAAAAGGUGCUAGCGACAUAUGAUUUUGCCGCGGGAAGAUUAAGAACGAACCAGGAAUCAGGCCGAUUGGAGAUCGAAUGCGAUGGAGCUGGUGCUGGUUUCGUGGCCGCUUCUUCGGAAUAUUCCCUUUGUGACUUGGGGGACGAUUUGGUCUUUUCCAACCCAGGGUUUCGGCAGCUCUCAGUUUUGUUUGACAUUUUGCCACGCGAUGACCAACCACUACUCAUUUUACAGGUAACAUCCUUCAAAUGCGGUGGUUUCGCAAUUGGCACGGCAAUGAAUCAUACCUUGGUUGACGGGGCAGGCGCACAAAAGUUGCUGGCUGUUGAGUCACCUACAACGUUGUGGCGGUGCAGGGCUCUGUCGUCGGACAAAGAGAGAGUAGUGUCUACUCUUUUUACUUCAAUGGACAUACGUUCUAGGCUCAUUCCGCCAUUGCCGGAUUCCUACUGCGGGAACGCAGUGCUGUAUGCCGAAGCGUCGGCAAAGGGCGGUGAUAUUGAAAAACUGCCGUUUUCGAAGCUGGUGGAGUUGGUCUGGGAGGGGCCGAGAAGAUUCUCGGACGAGUAUGCGAGAUCUGUGAUAGACUUGUUGGAGAUUGAGAAAUGGAAGCUGAGGCCUCGUAUAGAAUACAACGUGACUUCAUGGUUGAAAUUGGGGUUGGAUCAGGUGGUUUAUCCAUGGGGUAAGCCUUUUUGUGUGGGGCCCAUAUGUACUGUACUCGCACACGCUUGUUUUCUAUUUCCAAGUGUUGAAGGUGGAGUUAAUGCCUUAGUUUCUCUACCGUCCGAGGAGAUGCAGCGGUUCCAGGCCUAUUUCCAUCAAUUCUUCACCUGAAAUUAUUGCAUUCU